AUGGCUUCAGGAGGAUCAAAAUCGGCAGCUUUCAUGCUUCUGAUAUUGAAUCUUGGUCUCUAUUUCGUCGUCACCGUCAUCGCUUCCUGGGCUGUUAAUCACGGGAUCGAGAGAACUCGGGAGUCCGCUUCUGUCCUGUCUCUUCCGGCGAAGAUCUUUCCGAUAUACUUCCCGGUUGGGAACAUGGCUACUGGUUUUUUCGUAAUAUUCUCGUUGAUCGCUGGCGUCGUCGGAAUGGCGACAUCACUCACCGGAAUCAUGAACGUUCUUCAGUGGGACUCUCCAAAUCUCCACUCUGCCGCGGCUUCCUCUCUCAUCUCUUGGUCUCUCACUCUCCUUGCCAUGGGAUUGGCCUGCAAGGAGAUCAACAUAGGCUGGACCGAAGCCAAUCUAAGAACUCUUGAAGUUUUGACAAUAAUUAUGAGUGGUACUCAGUUAUUGUGCACUGGAGCUAUUCACGCAGGAGUUGGAGAAACAGUCGCCGUAGACAGGCCUCAUACGGGAAGAGUUUGA